AUGCUGUGUGCUCGUUUUUUCUUUCUAAUGGCCAUGCUAAAUACAGUGGGCAGUGUAUUGGCCUCUGGCAAAAAUGAGUCGUUUAAAUUACAAUACAGAGUUGUAGCGCAAGACUCCCUUGCAUCUGCCAUGAUGUUAGGCCUCGCUAAUGAGGAUACGGCGUUUAUAUUCGACAAAGUUGAGAACAAUAAAAAGAAAACGGCUUCAGGACGACCUACAUGGGCAUCUCUUGUGCAGCUGAGCGACUAUUCUGUUCGUGGAAUUGAUGCCACAACAAAUCCAUUUUGUGCUGCAGGCACUACGCUAGGUAAUGGGUCAUAUAUUGUAGCUGGUGGCAACAGUGCUAUUAGCUACGGUGGUAUAAAUGUCAAGAACAGUGAUGGCUCUAUGAACUUAAAUGGACCCGCUCCUCCAUACAAUGAUAUGGACGGACGUCGCGUUGUUCGAAUGAUGCAGCCGAAUGCGGAUAGCUCCAAGCUAAAGUGGAUCGACGAUUUUGACAGUCCUAACCAAAUGGACUCGCCUCGUUGGUACCCUGCGAUCGAAGGUCUGGCAGAUGGCUCUGUUGUAAUGAUUGGUGGCGCCACAAGUGGUGGCUUUAUUAACCGAAACUAUCCCAACGUGGAUCCCGUGUAUGCCACAUCGAGUUCAAAUCCCAAGGCAGGUGUAUGGGAUCAAGGCGGCGCUAAUCCAUCCUAUGAAUUUUGGCCUCGUGACAAUAAGCCGAAGCCGGCUGUCCACGAUUUUAUGGUCAAAACAAGUGGUCUCAACAUGUAUGCACAUACUUAUUUGCUUCCAUCAGGUCGGAUUUUUAUGCAAGCUAAUUACAGUACAACCAUUUGGGAUUGGACAAAGGAUAAAUUCCAUGACUUGCCUGAUAUGCCCGACCGUAUUGUACGUGUGUAUCCUGCUUCUGGUGCCACGGCUAUGCUUCCGCUUACGCCAAAAAAUAAAUAUACACCAACUAUCCUGUUUUGCGGUGGAUUCAACAAUGCAACGGAUGAAGAAUGGGGUGAUUUCACUGCACCACGGGUCAACAUGUUCGAGCGCGCCGGCAGCGAUGAUUGCUCAUCUAUCACGCCAGAAGAUGCUGAUGGAAGGAUUAAAAAGAACGUGGGGUAUGUCCGUGAAGAAAAACUUCCAGAACCCCGCAGUAUGGGUCAAUUUAUCCAUUUGCCUACAGGACAAAUGGUAAUUGUGAAUGGUGCGUCGCGAGGUGUGGCUGGUUAUGGAAACACUACAUGGAACACAGUAAAGGAUAUGAAUGGUAACACUGUUCAUCUUGAGGGAAUGAGCCAAAUGCCGACAUAUCGACCCGUACUAUACGACCCUGAGCGACCUCAAGGCAAACGGCUCGAAUAUGCAGACUAUGGAUCGUCAAAAAUCGCAAGAUUGUAUCAUUCGUCAGCAAUCUUGGUUCCAGAUGGCUCCGUUCUUGUCGCUGGGUCCAACCCUCAUAUGGAUGUGUCAUACCUGCCUCCAAAUGACCAACUUGAUACUAAGUACGAAGCAUUCAACACGACAUAUGCAUUGGAGCAGUGGUAUCCAUCGUACUACUUUGAACGACGACCUGAACCAAUGGGGAUGCCUGAGGUAAUCAAAUAUGGCGGUGAUUCAUUUAAUAUCACAGUGGAUGCGCAUUACAUGAAUCCCAACAAAAAUGCCAACGCGAUGGCAAAUAACACCAAGAUCAUGGUGAUUCGUCCUGGUUUUUCGACACACGCUGUGAACUUCGGUCAACGUUCUUUGCAACUCGAAAAUUCAUACGUCGUGAACAAGAACGGCUCUGUGACGUUUAUCGUCAAUCCUAUGCCUUCGAAUAUGAACAUUUUUGUCCCAGGACCCGCAUUACUUUUCGUGACAGUAAAUGGUAUUCCAAGUAAAGGCAAGUAUGUGUUCCUUGGUGGAAAGGAUUUAGGCUCGGUCCCAUUCGAUCUCAAGGCAGGCUUUACCCCUGCUCCCCUUCCUGAUCCUGUGUUAAACCCACACUUUACCAAUGAAGCAGCUCCGUACGGCACGACGUAUGAUAGCGACGAACAAAAUGGCAUGUCUGGUGGCGCAAUCGCAGGCACUGUCAUUGGUGUGAUUCUAGGCGUGGCUGUACUUGCAGGCCUGGCCUUUUACGUUUGGCGUGCGAAGCGUAAUGAUGACAAUGAAGCCAACUAUGCAGCAGUAAGACACCCCCAUGCUUCCCAUGGAAGCCAAAUGACUGGUCCCGAAGCAAAUGCUGGUGCAUGGACACGUCCUCCUCCUUUGUCUGACUCGUCGAAGUUCCCAUUGAUGCAACCAAAUGAUUCAGCGAUAAGUCUGUCUGAUGCGAGCGCUGUAACACCGCUGAGCAGUGACGUGCACAAAACCCAUCCCUUAUCGAUAACAGGAAGCCAUCCUGCGUCAGCAAGUACAUCGGGCGCCUCUGCUGAGAGAUAUAAUAUGUUUUUUGCGGCCCAAGAUUCAGGAAUAAUGACUCCAGUGAAUAGUCAGGGGUCUCAUUUGUACCACAACAUGCCAAGCUCGAGUCGCGGACCUAUUCUAAUGCCUGAGCAACCCCAUUGGAAUGAUAUUCCACGGCAAUUGCAUGGCCCACGAUCGAUGCCGCGUUCAAAUCUUCAGCAGCAUUUUUCUAUGGCUAGAGAAGGCUCCAUGCCUUCGCAUCAAUAA